AUGGGUUAUAGUCAGAGGUUCCAUUCUGUGUUCAGGGGUCCUGUGAGCCAAGCUGAUAACAAGGACCAGCCCAAGUUUACGGGGGAACCACGGAGUAGCGGUAGUGGUAGCAGUAGCAGUAGUAGUAGCAGCAGUGGUAGUAAUAGCAGCAGUAGUAGCAGUAGUGGUAGUAGAAGCAGUAGUAGUAGCAGUAGUGGUAGUAGUAGCAGUAGCGGUAGUAGUAGCAGUAGUGGUAGUAGUAGCAGUAGUAGUAGAAGCAGUAGUAGUAGCAGUAGCAGUAGUGGUAGCAGUAGCAGUAGUGGUAGCAGCAGUGGUAGUAGUAGCAGUAGUGGUAGCAGUAGUAGUAGAAGUAGCAGUAGUGGUAGUAGUAGCAGUAGUAGUAGAAGCAGUAGUAGUAGCAGUAGUGGUAGAAGUAGCAGUAGUGGUAGCAGUAGUGGUAGCGGUAGUAGUAGCAGUAGUGGUAGAAGUAGCAGUAGUGACACUGUCUCCCUCCCUGCACUGACUGCCCUGCCCUGUUCCUACUCCCAGCUGUAUGACCUACAGGAACUUCCUUGUGAUCUGGAAAGCAUGCACGGUCAGCAGCAGACAGGCACUCGGAAGUGGAGACACUGGACACAGCUGACAACUGAGGCAGGAGGAAGAAGGGAAGAAACAAAGAAGGGUGGAGUGGCCCAGGAGGAAGAGCGAAGCGCAACAGGCUCGCCUGCUGAUUCUGUCCACAGAGGCUUCAGCAAAGAUGAGGAAAGCCAAGCCACAUCAGUGAUGGGAGGACAGCAGGAAGGCCUUCUAGGGGAGAUUUGUGGUGCGGAUUCACUCCACAUUGAUGAGAGCAGCUCGCCAGAAACAGACAGAGAGGUUUCCUGUGACCACUUCAAGCUGCCCCAGCCCGAGCCAAGCAAACGCUCAGACCUACUCACACUGCACAUCACAGCACGGCACUGGAUCUGGGGUGGCCAAGACUCAGGAAAAGACUUGACCAUGGGACACAAAGGUGACCUGGUCCUGGGGCAGAGCCUGGCUGGGGCGACAGCCGUCACUGUUAGUGAUUACUCAACCAGCAGCUCAGAAACAGCCCAGAUCUCUGAUGGCAGCCACUACACCACAGCUUACCCCCAAUACACACCAAGAGGUCACACAGGUCCCAUCUGCCCUGAGGAGCAAUUCCACAAGGCAGGCAACAGAGGCUGA